AUGCAGCGGGUACAACGACUCUCAAUUGUUGCUGAUCUUCCUCGAUCUUUUUAUUCCGCGAAUUUCAGCCCGACUGUGCUUGACACAUCUCAACAUUGGCGGAUCCUGACUCCCUUUAAGCGAUUCAAUCCCACAGGAACUCGAAGCUUCUCUAAUUCUGCCUUUCUGUGCAAGAAGAAAGAUAAGUCCCGAAAACUUACUGGCGCAAACACAGAGUCGAGCGUUCCGAAAGAUGGGAAAGAGUCUGAGGAUCCCCAUGAUCUCUCUUCGCUAGAAAAUGGGAUCGCGGCUGCGGUGGCCCGACUUAAAGAUGAGCUUUCCAGAUUACGCAUGGGUGGACGUUUCAACACGGAAUCACUUGAAGAUUUGAGGGUGUCUUUGAGCAAAGGAAGCAAGGAAACAACAAGAUUGGGUGAGCUGGCGCAGGUUGUUCCCAAGGGAGGACGGAUGGUUACUAUCUUGGCUGCUGAGGAAGAGCAUAUAAAGCCGAUCACCUCAGCCAUUGUUUCUUCCGAUUUGUCCCUCACACCACAACCCGACCCUCAUAAUACUCUUCAACUAAAUAUAUUGAUUCCGCCACCCACGAAAGAAUUGCGUGACCAGACGGUGGUUGCUGCUAGAGCGGCCACGGAAAAGGCAGCUGGUGCAGUUCGCGAAUCGAGGAGUGUUAGUCAUAAACGCCUUCAAGAUAUGCAGAAGAAGAAAAUAGCCAGGCCAGACGACGUUCGCAAAGCUCAGGAACAAAUGGAACGGCUGACAGAGAAGGGACAGAAAGAGGUGAAAGAAUUGUUUGAUGCUGCCAAAAAGGCCUUAGAACGAGUGUAG